UAGACCAGCAUGCCGUUGGUGAAGAGGAAUAUCGAGCCCAGGCACCUGUGCCGUGGGGCGCUGCCAGAUGGGGUGACCAGUGAGCUGGAGUGCGUCACCAACAGCACCCUGGCGGCCAUCAUCAAACAGCUGGGCAGUCUGAGUCGCCAUGCUGAGGACAUUUUCGGUGAACUGUUUAACGAAGCCAACAGCUUCUACCUGAGGAUGAGCAGCCUGCAGGAGCGGGUCGACCAGCUGGCUGUGAAAGUCACCCAGCUCGACUCCACGGUGGAGGAAGGUGGGUUUCAGUCUUCAUCACCAUCAUCAUCAUCAUCAUCAUCAUUAAUAUUUGAAUCUUCCUCAUCACACUCAGUGGACUGA